AUGAUGCUGCUGAAGUCCAUGCUGUUCGGGCUGGGGUUACUCCCCUUCGGAGUUCUCGCGCUGGAUCCAAAGCUGGGUAACCGGACGGUUGAUCGCACCAUCGCUCUCCGAACGCACUCGAUCUACGCACCAUACAUCGAUCAGGACCUACAGAAUCGGUGGUGGGACUUUGGUGCAGAUGCAUACAUUAACACAAACAAGCACAUUCGGUUGACUCGGGAGCGGCCAUCACAAAUGGGUUGGUUAUGGUCCCGUGUACCACUGACUGCGGCCAACUUCGUUGUCGAAGUGGAGUUCAAAAUUUCCGGUGAAACGAGUCAUCUCUUUGGUGAUGGUCUAGCGGUUUGGUUCACAACAGCCCGUGCACAACCGGGGCCAGUAUUCGGCAGCAUUGAUGAAUUCGACGGUCUAGGUGUCUUCCUCGACACAUAUGCGAACUCGAGACAUUCGUACUCGUUCCCCCGGUUGAACGCUAUGCUUGGUGACGGAAAAACUACAUAUGAUCAGGAGCGUGAUGGAGAGAGGACAAGUAUCGGUGCUUGCUCGGCAAAUUACCGCCGCACAAAUGUCGCUACCAAAUUAAAGAUCACUUACAUUAAAGACACCUACUUGAAUGUCAAAGUGCAAUACAAAGCAUGGGACGAUUGGACUGAUUGCUUCACUGUCCAUGACAUUUCGCUUCCCAGCGCGCCUUACCUCGGCUUCUCCGCUAUGACAGGCGACGUGUUCGAUAGCCACGACAUUGUCAGUGUAACAACAUACUCCGCGAUACUCUCAAGUCCCGAUGCUCAACGCGACAAGCUCGCGGGGACGCGAUCGGCUAUUCUGCGGAUAUCCAAGGCCCCGUCAUGGAUAUGGACCAUCCUCAAGGUGGUGCUGUUCUUAUUAGUCGUUGCUGGUGUUUUGUACGCGUACAAGACGUGGGUGCUAUCGCAGGCGUCGGGAAGGCCGUUUGGUGCCACCCUCAUAGGCAAGGGUGCAACAGGAUUCGGUAGAUUGUAUGCCGAUGGCAAGAGAUUCUGA